AUGGCCACCGAAACGCAGCUUACGCCGAGCCUGCAAGACCUCACUUUUGAGGUAGACGCCAGGCGAGAAUGGACACCUCCCAAUCCCCACUCGCCCAACGAGAAACUCUGGGACGCCUCCCCCAUCCGAAACGUGACAUCCACCUCGAGCGCCAUCGGCCAUCGGUCCUCCAUCACUGCCAAGCCGGCCGCCCGCCCUGCCACAGACACUCGCGUUAACCCCACCUCCACCUCCACCUCCACCUCCAACCCCCGACGGAACAACCUCAGCCCCGUUCGCAUCGUCAACUCGGAAUCCAGCUUUCCACAGCUCUCAUUUUCCGAGCUACCUGCCGUACGAGGUCAAACCGUCACAUCACUCUCUCCAACUGCUUCCGCCGCCGUAACGGCUGCAGCGAGCGGCGGCGGCGGCGGCGCCAAUGUAGGCAGCAGUUGUCGUCGGUCUCCGACUGAGUCACCUGGUGCCGGGGGGGGUGUCGGCGGGGGGGUUGCUGCGGGUCCCUCACACCGCCGAGGUACCACUAGUGGAGGUGGAGGUGGAGGUGGGGGGAGGGGGGGGAGGGGGGGGGGCCGCGGGUUCGUGGAGGGGCUGGGUAGCGGUGCGGCAGGCGUGGAUGAGCAGGGGGGGAGGGCGGUUGUGGACCCUGUGGACACGUACCUGGUUCGGUUUCAGAUGCACCAGCGAAUCCGAGAUCAGUUUCGAGUACGACAGGACGAGCAUUUCCGUACGGUUCAGGAGCUGGAGGCCAGGAUUCAGGCCAUGACCCGGGGAGCCCGGUGCCACCCGGACAGAGAGCUGCGCCCGCAGCCGCGGACCCUCCGCACCCCGCACUCGCUCCCACUCCCCCAGCCGCUCCCCGUCCCCCAACCCAAUGAGGUGUGGACUCACAGCCGACGCUUUGCGGGCAGCCCCCCUCUGCGGGGUGUGCCCACCACCGGGGGUCUGCUGUUCGAGAGGUACACCAAGAAGGGGGCGGCGACAAACCUCCCGGAGCUGCAGAGACGAGCUCCUCGCCAACCCGGGCCCCCCACCCGAGCCCUGCCCAACGGCAUCCCAGCGAGCAGGCUGGAGCGUCUCUCCGCGCGGCGGCGUGACCGCAGCCCUCCCCGCUACUUGCAAAAACAACUCAUCCUCCUCGAGCAGCAACUGAACAACAACAACAACAGCAACAACAACAAUACCUCUGGCGAGCUCCUCCGGUUCACGGGCGCCCCCAUCUCUUCCUCCGCUGACAACAAACCCCCCACAUCCUUCAACAUACACAACAGCAGUCUCGUCGGAGGACCCAAUGGCAAACUCUCUGCCGCCGCCGCAGGCGGCAGCGGCGCCGCCGACCUGGCGGCCGUCGGCGACGGUUUGCUCCGAUCCCCCGCGCUCUCCAGCCCAGCUGGCGGUGGCUUUGGCGUUAACGGGCCUCGCGCGAUGUCGGCCCCGUCAACGAUGUCUGACGCCGGCGGCGGUGCACUCGCGCAGUACUUGGCGGUUCCGACGUCAUCUGCAUCCGGUGAGCCGUUGCUGGAUGAGAACUUUUACGAUGUGCUGCAGCAGCACUUCCGCAGCAGCCUCUACGCCCAGACACAGCAGCUCAGAUCGCGACUUAAUGUGAACUUGCCGCUGGUGCUGGGGGCGCUCAACUGCGUCAACGUGACGGAGCCGCAGCCGCCACCGCGGCCGUCGUCGUCGUCGCUGCGCCGUAGUGGCAAUGCUGACGGCGGCGGCGGCGGCGGCAGCAGCGGUGGUGGUGGUGGUGGUGGAGGUAAUGAGGGUGGGGUUGGGGGGUAGGCGCAAAGCGGAGGCUCUGGCUGGAGUGAAUGCGGCACAUUAAAAAGCGUUAUGCUUCUUCCCAGGCUGUCCUAAUUUGAGGGCGCAUCCUGUUUUAGCAUGUAGGUGUGGUGGUUCGUGCUCAGGGUAGACUUGCUUAGGGUUCCGGAUAAUCAAUAGUUCUUAGCUAGCCCGGUAUCCCAAAGGUUUCCGUCUUCUUUGGUUUACCCUUUGGUUCCCCGGGGCUAAAGGUCACACGCUCCAAACCAAACGUGGCAUCAUGGCUACAUUGAUACGUGCCGGUUUUUUUCCAUUUGGGAUGCACCUCUCCCCGGCGGAUGCCCGGGGGUUUGGGGGAAGGUGUGAAUGGUGGUGCGGUGUGGAAGGGGGAGAUGUAGCUGCACUUGUUAGGUGGUGAGGUGCUUGUGUAGUGCCCCGGUAUGGGUGUGCGUGUGUGGGUGUAGGUUUGCAAACAGAGAGACUGAGUAUGCGUUUGCCCUAGGUGCGUUGAGCGCAUGAUUCCAUGCCUUGGUUUCUGGUAGUGGUGGUUGUGCGGACGGGGAUAAGGUUCUCGGUGCCUGCUGGGUUUACGGGCCGGACACCCGUUGCAGAGCUGUUGACAAGCACGCACGGACGCAGGCCUCAGAAGGCCCUUGAGGAGCUGUUUGAGGCCAAGCAAUCCAUCGUUCAAGCAGCGCUUUAUGUUGCAAUCGAGUCGCAAGGAGCGGUUGAGGGAGCGGAGAGCUGGGCCGUGCAGAGCUGCGAGGGGGAAGGGGUGCUGGCUGACGUGAUGCGUUAGAGUAGUGGGUUUUAGGGAUUUAAAAACCCUAGGAUGCGUUAGAUCCGAUUUUCGAGGCAACUUUCCGGUCUGGUGUCAUCAUGUUGUGAAAUGGAUUGCGUUAGGGACUCUGAAAAAUCUCCGGCUC